UAAACACCAAAGAAGAAGAAGACUUUGUCAACAUGUGUAGCACGGCUCCGUGUCCGGUUUAACGGCGGUUUAACGGCGGUCACACCGUGUCGUUAGUGUCUGUAUCAGCCCAGACUGGACCAUCAGCAGUCAGAAGAACAACCGAACCGAACCGAGCCGAGCCAACAUGGCUCAUCUGACUCAGAACCCCGCUGAUAAAGAGAGGUUCAUCUGCGUCUAUCCGAUCUACAUCAACAGUAAGAAGACGCUGGCUGAAGGACGAAGGAUCCCCUCAGAGAAGGCGGUGGAGAACCCGUCCUGCGCUGAGAUCAGAGACGUGCUGACGGCUGCUGGGGUGAACGUCUACGUGGAGAACAAGAUGCACCCCAGAGAGUGGAACCGGGACGUCCAGUUCAGAGGUCGUGUCAGAGUUCAGGUGAAGCAGGCGGACGGCAGCUUCUGUCAGGACAAAUUCACCUCCCGUAAAGACGUGAUGUUUUACGUAGCGGAGAUGAUCCCUAAACUGAAGACUCGGACCCAGAAGAGUGGAGGAGGAGAGACCAGCUCUCAGCAGGGCGAGGGAGGAAAGAAGAGCAAGAAGAAGAAGAAAUAGACACAUAGAAAUGACUUGUUUUUCUUUUUUAAAUUAAUUUUAAAUAUGAGGUCAGUCAGGCAGAAUCCAAACUACAUGAAGCUUUGUGAAUUGUUUUUUUUGAAGGGUUUCUUGUCGUUGUUGUGACCUCAGAGACCUGCUUCUGACCCCUCCCAACAUCUCCAGCUCACAGCUCAUGGUGUAGUUUCUGUUAUUUCCGAGUGGACGGCGUGCUUCCUUUGUUUCUGUUUAACACGCCGUCCCUCUUCCUCCUCGUUUUGUUACCAUCAGUGUGUCUCUUUGAAGACAAGAUGAAUAAAGAGUUCAUUUUCUCACA